CAACUACUCGAGUAAUUACAGGAGAGCCACGGAGGCGAGGUUUGAACAAAGACGGAACUUGUGUCUCUGGAGCAGUUUGGGUUUGUCAGGAUGAGGUCUUCCGUGCUGGCACCUCUUCUCUCGCUGCUCCUGACUGCAGGGGGUCAUGUCACCGGGGAGGAGGUGGACAAGAAGCCCAACUUUGUCCUGAUGAUGGUGGAUGACCUUGGGAUUGGUGAUAUCGGUUGCUAUGGCAACGACACCAUCAGGAGCCCCAACAUAGACAGACUGGCGUCGGAGGGGGUGAAGCUGACUCAGCACAUCGCAGCGGCUCCUCUCUGCUCUCCGAGCCGGGCUGCCUUCAUGACGGGCCGCUAUGCAAUUCGCUCUGGGAUGGUGAGCACGGGUCGUGUCCAGGUUCUGCUGUUUCUAGGAGGUUCUGGGGGGCUCCCACCCAGUGAGACAACCUUUGCAAAGAGGCUGCAGCAGCAAGGAUACACCACGGGUCUCAUAGGCAAAUGGCACUUGGGUUUGAAUUGUGAACACAGAGGGGAUCACUGUCACCACCCGAACCAACAUGGCUUCAGCUACUUCUACGGUUUACCGUUUACACUCUUCAAUGACUGCGUGCCUGGAGAAGGCAGCGAUGUGCUGGUGAAUCUACAGCAUUCACUCUACAACCUCACCUUGCUGCUCGGACUUGGACUUUUCACAAUGGUGUGUGUCCGUGUUCUUGGCCUCUAUCAAGUCAGCUUGUGGCUCCUGGUGCUGUUUUUCCUUCUCAGUGUGGCAGCAGCUGCUGUCUGGAUUGUGCCUUUUAAGUUCCUGCAAACCUGGAACUGCAUCAUCAUGAGGAACCAAGAUGUGGUCGAGCAGCCCAUGACUGUGGAGACGCUGCCCCAGAGACUGCUGGCAGAGGCACAGAACUUCAUAAAGAGGAAUGCUGAUCAUCCAUUCCUCCUCCUCUUCUCUCUGGCUCACAUUCACACACCGCUGUUCAAAUCUCCAGCCUUUGCUGGCAGGAGUCGCCAUGGUCGCUAUGGCGACAACCUGGAGGAAGUAGACUGGAUCAUUGGUAAAGUAACGGAGACUGUGGAUUCCCUCAACCUUUCCAACAACACCCUCAUGUAUUUCACCUCAGACCACGGUGGACAUUUAGAGGAUUCUGAUUCUCUGAUUGGCCAGAAAGGAGGCUGGAAUGGUAAAUAUAAAGGUGGGAAGGCCAUGGGAGGCUGGGAAGGUGGGAUCAGAGUGCCGGGUAUUUUCCGCUGGCCUGGCAGACUGACGGCAGGAAAAGUGGUGGAUGAACCCACAAGCCUCAUGGAUCUUUAUCCCACACUGAAAUAUUUAGCCAAGGACACAAAACCAGACAGACAUUCAGACGGAUUUAACCUCAUGCCACUUUUGGAAGGGAAAGUUGCACGAUCAGAGCACACAUUCAUGUUCCACUAUUGUGGCGCCUAUAUGAAUGCAGCCCGUUGGCAUCCUCCUGAUAGUGGCUCCAUCUUCAAAGUGCACUUUUUCACCCCUAACUUUUCCCCGCUGGGAGCCGGUGGAUGCUACAACACCAAAGUUUGCUUUUGUCAUGGUGAAUAUGUGACGCAGCACCGCCCACCGCUGCUGUUUGACCUUUACCACGACCCCUCAGAAUCCCACCCUCUGAUGCCCGACACCGAGCCUCGAUAUGCAGAAAUCCUUGAGCAGAUUUCCAGAGCUGUGGAGAGACACGAGCAAACCCUGGAACAAAAAGAGACGUCCAAUGAUUCGGCAUCCAGCACAGAGACAGUCAGAGUUCAGAAUCAAAUGACGUGGGACAGGAUCUUGUGGAGACCCUGGCUGCAGCCCUGCUGUGGGACGUUCCCUUUCUGUGGGUGCAAAGAGAACGCCACACACUUCAAAGCUGUCUCCAUGGUAACCAAGUGUAAACGCAUGGGAGGCAGCAUGCAGGACGAAAGGAGAGAAAUGAGGGGAUUCAUUAGAGAAGAUAAAAAGUUUGCUUGACUGCUGGAUUAUUGAAACAAAUCAUGACCCUUUUUCUUUAGUGUGACUGGGAGCGUCUGAGUGAUGGAGGCGAGGAGGAGGAGAAAUGACGAGGAGGAGAUGCAGAGAGGAGAGCUAGAGGAAGAGAACAAUGCUGGGGAUUUCAUUUUGAGUCUUGAUGAGCUGCAGGUCUCUGGUUGUGCAGAUGAUGAGCGAAGAUGCUCUGCUCUUAGUGACAGAACUGAGGUGAGUUUCAGUAACAGACUUAAAACAAAGUCACCUUUUGUUAAACAUUCUAGCGAGUCUUGGAAAAAAAAGUCACAUGACACAGAAAUUUUCCUUUGAAAAACAACAACAUGUUUAUGUGCAUGUGGGAAACACGUGACCUGUAACACCUCCUUUUACAUCCUCCGUGACAAACUGAUCAAAUUACGCCUCUGGAAAUACUCCUAACUCAGGAGAUUAGCAAAGCCUUUCAAAGUACAAAUAAUUACUUAAAUUUUUAUUUGUCUUGGUCAAAAUAGUUUCAGACUUUUGAUUGUCAUUUAAAUAUUUAAUUUGGAUUUUGGAUGCUUUUUGCUUACAUUUCUUCUGGUCUAGUUUUGUAUCUCACUGACGAAUAACAGAAAACUGAGAAAAGUCCUGCAACAAACUAUAUUCAGAAGAAGUACAGUAUCUGAAAGUACUUGUUGUAAAAAUGCAUGUAAAAUAAUUAGUUACUGCAUGAAUGGGAUCUAUUGUGUAGUUAAAAAAAUAAACUCCCCAACAGAAGGAGCACGAAUUUUCCUGUCGUAGAAGAAGAAAUAAUGGGGUACCGCCCAGAAAAACCCUGAAGCAUCAUCUGGAUGACUUGUUUUCAGCGAGUAGCUCAUUGAGAAUCUACUGAUUGGUGCUGAAACUUUAAAUUUUACUUCUUGUGUUUUGUGUCCUUGCAACAGGCUGGUGCAAACCAAAAAGUAAAAGGGUUCUCUGAAGGUGUAUAGACUUUUUUAUGCUAGAAUGACUCAGGGUUGAAAAUAAUUAGUUUAAAUAACAAUAAACAAGAAGAUGAAUAAAUUAUUUGGUUCAAGGAAUGAAAUGAGUGGAAAAGCAACCAACGUUUAACAGAUUACCAUUCAAAUGCUUGAAAACUUGUUUCAGGAUUUGGGUUCAGAAUGUGGAGAUUUGGACAUGGAGCAGAAAUCAGACCUGCCACACAGCCUCACAGAGGUAAACAUGUUGUGGUUUCUUACAUAGAUGUUGAAAAUCCUAUGAGGAUUCGUCACGGUGAAGAUAGAAUGUAGAUCAGUAGAUCAUGGUUUGGUUCUGAAGGAGUAGUAGGCAUCCAGAUUGUGGGUUUCCUUCCAGGGGGAGGGAGGAGACAAGGCAGAUGGUUAGCUGAGACAAAAAGACAGAUGGUGAUCAUGGUGGUGAACUUUUCCACAUUGUGUUAGGAGAAAACAGAAAAAUAUCUAAAUAAAACAAGAACUUUAUUUACUGUUCAAAUGUGGGUCAAACUGGAUUUUUACUGUGCAGUUUUUAAAGGUGUGGGACACUGAAAACCUAUUUAAUAAUAAUUUCUGAUUAUAAUGGGUCAGUCUGAGUUUUUCAUGCAGGCUGAACAUGAAAAUAGUCUCCUACACCUAUCUCCUGCGUUAGCUUCUGAUAGAAAACAGACGGUGAAACUCUAGGAUUCAAAAAGCCUGACAGAUCUAGAUCACACUGUCACUUAACAUUCAUGGACUCACCCAUCUUGGCUCAUGAUGGAGAGGGCUGUUAUUGGUUUAGCGUCCAGGAAACAGCAGAGAAUGUUUUGACUAGUAGAAGCUAACCAUUAGCAUUAGCAACUUCACCGCACAACAGAAGUCAUCCAGGCUUGUGCUAUUUGUGGUUGCAAGUCAGUGGUAGAAUCACACUUCUGUUAUCCAAUCCAAGGUGAGAUGCCCAAAUAUGCAAUGUUUUUUUAAUGCGUCCCCAGGUGGUGAAUAACGAGACCGCCCUCGUUUUCCACCCAGACAGAAAAUAAUAGUUUUUGAAGAUUUAAUUAAAGAAUUAGAACAAAGACAAAGUGGAAAAUUCUAAUAAAGUCUGGCUGGCUCGCCAAUAUGUAGGGUUUGGUAAAUUUAGUGCUUUAAGAGCUCAAUAUAUAUAGUACCUCUACUUAUGACCAAUAAGCUGUGAUACUCUAUCUAAAUAGAGAAUGUCAACCCUGCUUGGUCUUUACUGUGUUUAUCAGAAGAUUCUAGGAUUCUUUAUUUAUUAGGGGAUCGUACACACUUCGUUUUGAUUCAGAAAACAGUCAGGUUUAUAAAAGUAAGAAUUUAUUUUACAAACAAUUAAAACACGACAAGUUAACUGAGCAUUUACUGUGAUGGGUGGAACUAGAUAUGAUGUUUGAAACCUAUGUGUGAAUGCGAUGUUAGUCAGAACUUCAGUAUCUAGGAGAGCUGAGUUCUGGAUGUAAAAUAAUUUGGUUUGCUCUAAGCUAUGAA